AAAGGGACACAACAGAGGCAUAAUGCCAAGAGACUAAUUCUAAAGUCUCAAGCUCGAAGGACUUUUACCCAGUCGGAUCAUUGAUCUAUCAACUGCUAUCAAUAAGUCAACAUGAAUGACUUGACCGAUUUUUUAUUUUUUAUGGACACACACACCACACAAAUCUCUUUAUAUAAUUUCAAGAAGAUUCUUUUGUAUGAGUCCUAAAAGCCAAAAGAGAAAAUAGUAAACCAAAGGCAUAGAGGAGAUGAUGGGAUCAUGUGACAAAAGAAGGGGAGAACAAGAAGAAGAGGAGGAACAAAAGUUAAAGCUUCCAGGGUUUAGGUUUCAUCCUACCGAUGAGGAGCUUGUAGGGUUUUAUCUCUCUAAGAAAGUACUUCUCAAGAAACCCAGCAAGAUCGAUGAGAUCAUCAGCCAUAUUGAUAUCUAUAAAUUUGACCCAUGGGAUCUUCCUCGGUUAAGGAACACAGAGAAGGAGAGUUACUUCUUCUGCAAGAGAGGAAGGAAGUACAGAAACAGCAUAAGACCUAACCGAGUGACUGGUUCCGGUUUCUGGAAAGCUACUGGAAUCGAUAAGCCUGUAUACUCAGAUGGAUCCAGCAAAUCCGUGAUCGGUUUAAAGAAGACACUCGUUUAUUACGUCGGAAGCGCCGGGAAAGGAAGCAAGACAGAUUGGAUGAUGCACGAGUUUCGCCUCCCCACAGCCAAUGACACAAUCCCUGGUGGCUCCACCCACCUUAACCCUACUCCACCUGCCAUGUUACAUGCUGAAGUGUGGACGUUGUGCCGGAUAUUCCAGAGAAAUGUGUCUAGUAGAAAAUACACUCCAGACUGGAGAGAAUUAGAAGGUGGGAAACGCGUGAAGCCGCAACAAUCUAAGUACCAAGAAGCUUAUAUCAGUUUUGGUGACAAUGAAAGUACUAUUAGUACUAAUAACAUCAACAUUAUGGAAAACAAAGGAAAUUAUGAGAGGAACGUGUUUCAGCUUCACCAAACGCCUCAUCAGCACCAGCCCAUUCUCAUGGAUACAGCUAGUACUACACAAGUCGAUUAUACGGGUCCACAUUCCUCAAACCAUGACAUUCACAAUAUAACCUACGAGAACUGGGAUGAACUUCGAUCGGUUGUGGAAUUUGCUUUUGGCCCUUCUCUUAGUUAGAUGUCUUUAAACUGAUUAGUUAAUUACUAGUAUAAAUUUUAUAGUACUUGGACAUUUUGUGGGUUGUUGCAAGGGAGAUACACUGUUCAUAAGUUUUUAGUUUUCUGUAUAUAUAUAUAUAUAUAUAUAUAUAUAUAUAUAUAUAUAUAUAUAUAUAUUAUGGAUCUUAUUGUGUAUAAGAAUGUACCUGAUUAUAUACCCAUAUUGAUCCUCCAUGUAUUUAUAAUUCUCCAUUUCUCCUACAAAUAAUCUGACCUAUUUUGUUCUUGGUAAUCCUUUCGGUAAAUGAUAUUCUCUUGUUUUUCA